AUGGCGAGCAUCGCGCUCCUCUCCGCCGCGUUCGCGGGCGCCAAGAUCCAGGACAUCGUGCGCGGCGUCAUCCACGACAGGCGCGCGCGCGGGAGGGGCGCCGAUGGUGCUACCGUGGCGGGGGCUGAUUUUCCCUCGGGUGACUCGGCGGCGGACGCCGCGCCGGCCGCGCCCCUCUCCCCGCCCAGGCCCGCGCUCACCAAGCUGACGCGCAAGUCCAUCGGAUCGCCCAACGCCGCGGCGACGAAACAGAGCGUCGAGGAGGAGGUCGUCGUGUGCUCCGUCUGCCAUCAGGGAGUCGGCACGCCGUCCUCCCCGGUCACCCCGCUCAAUCAUCAUCGCGGCCCGCCGUCCACCCCCGGCUCGAACACCACCACCGUCAACUCCCACAGCGGCUUCCGCGGCGUCCCCGCGCCGAAGCCCGACCCGUACGCCCCCAAACCCAGGGAUCGGUACCUCAAAUGGGACGACUACUUCAUGUCCGUCGCGUUCCUCAGCGCGCAGCGAAGCAAGGAUCCCAACAAGCAGGUGGGUGCCGUCAUCGUCGGCCCGGACCGGGUGAUCAUGGGCGUGGGAUACAACGGAUUCCCGCGCGGGUGCAGCGACAGCGACCUGCCGUGGGCCAAGAAGAGCACGAACGGGAACCCGAUGGAGACCAAGUACGCGUACGUGUGCCACGCCGAGAUGAACGCCAUCAUGAACAAGAACAGCCAAUCGCUGCACGGCGCGACGGUGUACGUCACAAUGUACCCGUGCAACGAGUGCGCCAAGCUCAUCAUACAGAGCGGGAUACGCGAGGUGGUGUACUUCGAGGGGAAGCUACCGAUGGCGAGGGGGGGGGAACGGAAAGUGGUGUGUGGGGACGGAGCACGAUCGGAGACGGUUGGUGGGGACGAUCCGAAGAUGGCGACCUCGAAUGGCGGAAACGGUCCGACGUGGAAGGAUUGGGUCGACGGCGACCUCGACGACGAGGAUCCCGACGGAAACGGUUCGAGCUACGAGCCCCCGGGAGAGGUAUCCGCGGAUGGCGGCGUCGGGGAGUCGCCGGACGUCUCGCUGGACGCGUCGUCCGAGGACCUCGGCUCGCCCGUCGGCAUCGAGGGUUCGAGGGUAUUUCCGCUUCGAGAGCUGCGUUUUAAGCAUACCCCGGAGAAGAGGACGCCGACGGUUGACGGAAAGUCGUCGGCGCGUCCGUCGAGCGAGUCGACGCCGACGAAGGGCGGGAUGCAGAACGAUCCGACGUACGCUGCGGCGGAGAAGCUGUUCGAGCUGGCGGGGGUGAAGAUUCGGCAGCACACUCCAAACGCCGUCGUAGACGUCACCUAUCACUAA